AUGAGAAGCCUUGCGGGAGCAUUUUUCUGGAUUGUCCUGUUUUGUGCUGUAAUAACAGCUACAACAUCUAUAGAUGAAGAUCUGAAUAUCCCAAAUGAAGCAGAGACGGCUGGUAAUGCAUAUCAAACGUGCUCGGCGGAAUGCUUAUCUUCUGCCUCCGAGGAAAUCAGUACAGAUGGUCUCGAAUUAACGGAUGAAGAAAUCAAGGUAGCCUCGAUGGGGAACACGUCUGAUAGUUUAUCUCUAUAUGAGAGUUCUGAAUCAAUCAAGUACCCAUUUCACGAACAACUGACGUUGAGGCCCCUACCGCGGAGUUUCAUGUUUGCCUCAUUUGAAUUUCUUAUGCGUUCCAAUAAUUUCACGGUCGGUGAAAAGGAAUCAGACUUCAACGCAUACCGGCACUACACAGUUUUUCCUAAGUCUUUGAGCCCUCUUCUGGAAUAUACUCAAACGCGACAGCUACAUCUACGAUUUACGCAUGGGCGGUGGGAUUCAGAGUCUUGGGGCCAGCUUCCUCAUGAAGGUCGUAAAUCAGGCGGUACUGGUGUUGAGCUUUGGGCCGUCAUUGAGGCUGGCUCUAAAGACGAUGCAUUCCACAACUGGAUAUCCUUGGCAAACUCUUUAAGCGGACUCUUUUGCUCUUCCAUCAACUUUAUCACGGCUGAAAAGACAACGUAUCCUACUUCAUACUCUCCACUAUCGGAUGAAAGUUCGCUGCCCAUAUUCAAUACUUCAAACAGCCUUUUCCUGAUACGAGCUGCCCUGGCCAAUGAACCUAUUUGUACAGAAAACCUGACACCUUUUUUGAAACUGUUGCCUACUAGAGGUCGGACGGGAAUUUCUUCCCUACUAGACGGACAUAAACUUUUUGACUCUAAUUGGCAAAGCUUGUCAUUGGACGUUGAAACACAUUGCAAUGCUGGAAAAUGUCAAUACCACAUGGAGCAGUUCAUUGAAAUGGUUUUUAACGUUCCUAACUCAUUAGCACGAGCUGAUACACCAAUCCCCAAACCCGUACAGGAAUCUGAAUUAAGGUGCGAUCCGACCAAGCCUCAUGAUGCAUGGCAGUGCUUUCCCCUGCCACAAAGUAGGGAUACCAAAUUUAGGCUUUCAAAAUUAUUUGGAAGGAAAAUUAUUGGUUCAAGCCUUAUUUCCGAGUAUCCUUCUAAGGUCUGUGCUAACGUCACGGACAGUUGGAAAGUUUUCAUUGACGUCAACGACGCCCUAUUCUCAACUGAAGAUAAUUGCUUUACUAUAAAGUAUGACAACGAACAUGAUCUACACAUUGAAUCAACUGACACUUCAAACGUGGUAGAACCUGAACCAAUUCCCUUGUUUGUAAGCAGAUCGCUUACAGGGUACGGUCAAGACAGCGGUGGGCUACGGACGGUAUUCAGGAAUCCAAGCAACGAGACUGUUGAGGCGUCAUAUUUCGAGACUUUGCCGUGGUACAUGAGAAUUUACUUAUCCUCGUUAACCAUGGAGAGUGUGGAUGGCCUAGAAAUUGAGGAUGUCAUCCAAAAUACUUAUUAUUUACCAGCCGUUGACCGUCAGCGCCCAACUCAUUUGAACUUCAAGCUCUUAAUACCACCAAACACGUCCUUAGCGCUAUCGUAUCAGUUCGACAAAGCACUUUUGAAAUAUGCAGAGUAUCCUCCCGAUGCCAACCAUGGGUUCGAGAUCGAGUCUGCCGUUGUGACAGUAACCCGUCCAAUUAGCUAUGAGUUGAGAACCUCAACACUACUACUUUCUUUAUCGACGCCAGAUUUCAGCAUGCCUUAUAAUGUCAUCAUUCUCACAUCAACGGUUAUGGGCUUAGCAUUUGGCACUUUAUUCAACCUCAUGGUUAAAAAAUUGAUUACCGUAGAAGAAGCUGAUUCAAGGAGUUCUUCUAGUACAAGCCUUAAAGCAAAGCUGGCUGGUAUUUUGGGCAAAAUUAUGCGAACCUCGCGUAAGGUAGAUGUGGAAAAGAAGCACCAAUAG